AUGUCCGAUGGUUGUGUAGUGUUUAGAGCACAUGAACAUUCGAACCCAUUAGUUGUGAAAGGUCUUUUUGUUUCUAAGGUUCAAACUAGCACCAUCAACAUCAGGAUUCAACAGACGCGGAAUUCUGCACUAGCCAGGGCACAACAAGAUGGUUACACUUGCAACUUUAUAAUCUUUGAUUUGCCAUAUGGGAAUUAUCUUGUUCCCAUGAUUCCUACUCUUACAGACCUUGUGACUCGAGUGUUAAAUACACAUAAAUCUUUCAUUUGUGGACCUUCUGACAUGCAAGCACGCGUUGUUAUUCUUUUUACAUUUUUUACUUCUUUGCUUCUACUUUCCAUUAUCAAGUCAAAAUUACUGCUAACUAGCUUACUUAUUGACUUAAAUCCUCAGAUUGUCUUGACCACUUAUCUUUACUCUGAUACAUCAAAAUAUUCUAUGGUUGGACGUCAUGAAUGUUGUGGUUGUUUUAUCAUUUUGCUUUCUGUUUUAACUGUGAAUUACAUCGUAAUUUCACUGUGGUUCAGUACAAGAAAUGGAAGUUCUCAGAGGAAUGAUCUCAAUCACUAUAUAAUGGACUUAAAUUUUGUUUCUCUGUUCCUCUUCCUGGAGAUAGGCUUCACUUAUCGUGCUUAUGUUCGUCAAUAUUUCUGCUUCAGCGAUGAAAAAGGAGUAUUUUAUGCAUUGGACCUAGGUGGCACAAACUUCCGAGUCCUGCGUGUGCAGCUUGGUGGAAAAGAAGACCGUGUGGUCAAAAAAGAAUCUGAAGUACUUUCAAUUCCUCCACAUUUGAUGGUUGGAUCAUCACAUGAAUUGUUUGAUUUUAUUGCUGCGGCACUGGCAAACUUUGUUGCAACAGAAGGUGAAGACUUUGUUCUUCUACCUGGCAGGCAAAGGGAGCUGGGUUUCACCUUUUCUUUCCCAGUUAAGCAAUUAUCAUUGGCUUCUGGGACUCUUAUAAAGUGGACUAAAGGCUUCCUCAUAGAAGAUGCAAUAGGACAAGAUAUUGUCGGAGAGUUGACUAAAGCAAUGGAAAGAGUUGGCCUUGAUAUGCAUGUGACUGCUUUGGUCAAUGAUACAGUUGGAACAUUAGCCGGAGGACAAUACAACCACCCUGAUGUGAUUGCUGCGGUGAUAUUGGGUACUGGAACUAAUGCCGCAUAUGUAGAAUGGGCAAAUGCUAUUCCAAAGUGGCAAGGUCCGCUUCCUAAAUCUGGGGAAAUGGUUAUAAACAUGGAAUGGGGUAACUUCCGAUCAUCACAUCUUCCUUUAACAGAGUAUGAUCAAAGUCUCGAUGCUGAAAGUUUAAACCCUGGUGAGCAGAUUUUUGAGAAGAUAAUUUCUGGCAUGUAUUUGGGAGAAAUUGUACGCCGAGUCUUAUGCAGGUUGGCAGAAGAAGCAUCCUUUUUUGGUGAUGAUAUCCCGACAAAACUGAGAAUUCCAUUCACAAUAUGGAUCCCUGUCAUGGCUGCAAUGCAUCACGACGAUACUGCUGAUCUCAAAUUGUUUGGGAGCAAACUAAAGGAUAUCUUGGAGAUACCUAAUUCUUCCUUAAAAAUGAGGAAAAUGAUUGUGGAAGUAUGUGAAAUUGUUGCCACUCGUGGGGCCCGUCUUUCGGCUGCUGGAAUCUUUGGAAUUCUCAAAAAACUGGGAAGAGAUACUGUAAAAAAGGGUGAGAAGCAGAGGUCAGUGAUUGCGUUGGAUGGCGGACUGUUUGAGCAGUAUUCUGAAUUCAGGAAUUGUCUGAAGAAUACACUUAAAGAGCUCCUGGGGGAGGAGGUUUCAGAGAGCGUUAACAUUGAGCUUUCCAAAGACAGCUCUGGCAUUGGAGCUGCACUCAUCGCAGCCUCUCAUUCCCAGUACCUUGAAACUGAGGAGUCCUGAUGCCGGUCAGAGUAAGGUGUGACCAUCUUAUGCGAGAAACUUCGCAGUCUAAGUGUUCUAUACUAUACUCCCCUCAUCUUUACUUCAUAGAAAUGAUUAGUCUUUUAUCCUCCUAGUUCAGGACAUCAUUCCCACAAUCCCACAUAUAUUUGAUUUAUGCUCUUCUGAUAUUGAAGAAGUCUUUGGACACUAGUGUGAGAUCAUUUUGUGAUAAAGUAGAGAAUAAAGUUGGGGAUUCAGAUUAUAUGCCUCUUCCCAUUAGUUAGUUGUAUUUGAAUA